UAUGAUGAUGUCAAACGUGAUGCUGAUGCUACAGUUACAGACACGGCCCCUGUUGGCGCAGCCUCUCUGAUUCUCUCUUCCUCUCCGCGUCCAGCGCUGGGCUUUUUCAGACAAGUGCAUCUCCUAACCAGGUCACAUCUCAGCCACUACCCACUAUCCGACUGUCACCGGAGUCAGACCACGCAGGAAAAAGGCUGAGGAAGACGACGGCGUUUGCUUCGACUACCGCGGGGUGGGAGAAAAGGCAUUAAAAUACUGAAGAAGUGAAGACCCCCCAGGUCGAACCCAGACCACGAUGCGUGUCCCGGGCUGCGGGCGCCUGGCGCUGCCGCUGCUGCUGCUCCUCGUGGCGGCGGCCUGGGCUGAAAGCGACGCCAAAGGGAUCAAGGAGGGCGAGACCCCCGGCAAUUUCAUGGAGGACGAGCAAUGGCUGUCGUCCAUUUCUCAGUACAGCGGCAAGAUCAAGGACUGGAAUCGCUUCCGAGACGAGGUGGAGGAUGACUACAUCAAGAGCUGGGAGGACAAUCAGCAAGGAGAUGAAGCCCUGGACACCACCAAGGACCCCUGCCAGAAGGUGAAAUGCAGCCGUCACAAGGUGUGCAUUGCCCAGGGUUUCCAGCGGGCCAUGUGCAUCAGCCGCAAGAAGCUGGAGCACAGGAUCAAGCAGCCUGCCCUGAAACUCCAUGCAAACAAAGAUCCCGCCUGCAAGCCCUGUCACAUGGCCCAGCUUGCCUCAGUCUGUGGCUCUGAUGGCCACACGUACAGCUCGGUGUGUAAGCUGGAGCAGCAGGCCUGCCUGAGCAGCAAGCAGCUGACGGUGAAGUGUGAGGGCCCCUGCCCUUGCCCCACGGAGCAAGCCACCACCUCCACCACAGAUGGCAAACCAGAGACCUGCACGGGUCAGGACCUGGCCGACCUGGGGGACCGGUUGAGGGACUGGUUCCAGCUCCUGCACGAGAACUCCAAGCAGAAUGGCUCCGCCAGCAGUGGGGCCAGCCAAGCCAGUGGCCUGGACAAGAGCCUGGGGGCCAGCUGCAAGGACUCCAUUGGCUGGAUGUUCUCGAAGCUGGACACCAGUGCUGACCUCUUCCUGGACCAGAUGGAGCUGGCUGCCAUCAACCUGGACAAGUACGAGGUCUGCAUCCGCCCUUUCUUCAACUCCUGCGACACCUACAAGGAUGGCCGUGUCUCCACUGCUGAGUGGUGCUUCUGCUUCUGGAGGGAAAAGCCCCCCUGCCUGGUGGAGCUGGAACGCAUCCAGAUCCAGGAGGCUGCCAAGAAGAAGCCAGGAGUCUUCAUCCCGAGCUGCGACGAGGACGGCUACUACCGGAAGAAGCAGUGUGACCAGAGCAGCGGUGACUGCUGGUGUGUGGACCAGCUGGGCCUGGAGCUGACCGGCACCCGCACCAACGGGAGCCCCGACUGCGACGACAUCGUGGGCUUCUCGGGCGACUUCGGGAGUGGUGUCGGCUGGGAGGACGAGGAGGAGAAGGAGACGGAGGAAGCGGAGGAAGCUGGUGAGGAGGCCGAGGAGGAGGAGGGCGAGGCGGGCGAGGCGGACGACGGAGGCUACAUCUGGUAGACGGUCCUCGGGGGCCGCGGCAGGGGGACAGGCCAGCGGAGACCUGGAGAAAAGUGGGCAGUUUAUGAACGGACCCGGAUGGUACAGCCGGGAGGACCCCUGGCUUCAGCGGGAGAGUGGAGUGUGAGUGUGCACAGCACGCCUGUGGCCCGGACGUAGGAAUGCCUGUUUGUGUGUGUGUGUGUAGCAUGCACUGACAAAUGUGUCCUUGGUCCACACUGCUCCUGGCAGAGUGAGUCAUCCAAAGACCGGUGGCCUCCUUGUAGUUAUUUUCUUUCCAUUUGUUUUUAAGUAUGCACGUUCACACAUACAUACACCCACUGAAAGGUCAACAUUGAUGAAAUGCGGUGCCCCUCCACCGUGUCCCCGGCCUGCACCCCGCCCUGCCCUGACACCCGUGUCCUGAUUGACCGCCCCCAGCUCGGCCAGCCCCGACUCCUCCCGCCCCCGCCUGCCCUGCUUCCUCCCCCGCUGGGGUCAAGCUCUGGUCUGCUGGCAUGUCCCCAUUGCAGAGGGGAGGGGGGCCGAGGAGCUCUCUGCUGGCUGGGGUCUUCCCAAAGCUUGGCCAGUUUGGCUGUGACCGCCCCACCAGCCUCAUCUGAGGCCGGGACACCCACCCCAGCAAGCCCUUUCCCUUCUCAGGGCUCUACAGCACUAGAGAAACUUUCCUCGCCCAAGCCAGUGUGACCGAGGUGGCCGGGAAGGAGCUGGGGACACAAGCCGAGAAGCAGGGGGAGGGAAGGCCUGGCCGCGCUGCCCGGUGUGGCGCGGGGCUGACUGGCAGGGAGAGGCUGCCCCUGCAGGUGCAGGCGGGACAGCCCUGCAUGAAAGGCCCAGAACAGUCCAGCCUCUUCCCGUGGGUCUUAGGUGGAGGCCAUUCCCUUGGGGGCAGUGGGUGGUUGUUACGUAAGUGGGCUGUGCCUGGCCACUGUAGGUGCCACAUCUGCCCCUGUCCCCCUUGCUGGGGAGCCCUGGUCCCCUCUGGGAGCCUGAGGGUCAGGCAGCAGCAGGUGAAGAGCCUGGGUCUUUGCCGUAUGUGUGCCCCCACCUCCACCUCCUCUGACCCCUUCAUAAAUGCCCCCUCCUGUGCAGACCAAUAGAAAGGGUUCUUCCUGAGACUCUGUGAUGGAAGAACCGAGGAAGCCUGCAGCAGAGACCUUGACCUUUUUCCAUACCGCCUCCAAGGGGGAGGCGCUUCUGGCCCAGGAACGUUUCCAGCCUCACUCCUCAGCUCCUGGCAUUCGCUGGGUCCCCUGAGGCUGCUGUAGUGGAGGGGCUUCUCCAAGCUCUGAAGUGAGUGUUGUGACAAGUCGGGGGGGGGGGGGGGGACUGGGACAGCCAAGCCCUGAGGCCACACCUCACUGUUCCCCCAAAUCUCUUUACCAGGAGGGAGCUGGGCUGGAUGAGAAAGUCCCCAUCCCUCCCAACCUGCUGGUCCUCCCUCUUGAAGCAAGUCCUUCACCCUGAUGGUGAAGGAUCUUUUACCAAGGCUUGGGCCUCUGAUGCCCUUCAGUGCGUGGUGUGGGCAGUGUGUGUGUGAGAGAGUGUGUGUGUGUGCUUGUAUGCGUGUGCAUGUGCACACUCUGACACUAGGGGCCAUCCCUUGAAGCCUGGGAUAUGAGGAGGGGCACACUACGUGCUGGGUGGGGGGCAAGGUGAGGUUCCCCGCACUAGGCCCUGGUCCAGGUCUCCCCAGCUUCUGCAGCACCCACUGUGUCUGUUGGACUUGAUGGAAGAACCUCAUCCAGUCUGCCCCUUCACGCCACCCUGGGAUUCACAUCUUCCAGGUCUUCUCUUGGGGAAAAGAAUGGCACUCCAGUUAAGCCCCAUAAAAACCACUUUUCAUUCUGCAGCACAGGUUCUGAUUAUGAAGGUGUCACGCUGUUCCAGCUCCCCCAGUGUCUUGUGUCCCCGCUCUCCCUUCCCUGUCCUCUCACCUCUUCCCUCUGGUCCCCAGCUCAGCUCAGGUCAGGGAAAUGUCGUUCACGUUGGCCCUCUGCUCUCUGAGCAGCCCCUUCUGUCACUCGGAGCUACUUGAAACUUCCUGUCCUCGCUGGGAUUGAAGUCUGUCCGUCUCUUCCUCUGCCCCAGCUCAGGCUUCCGGAAUGUCCUCCUGGGGGCAGCGGUGAGGACGCUGAGGUGUUCUGGGGGGAAGAAGGGGCGCCCUUCCCCUCUCACUGUUGCCCUCCUCUCCGUUGUGGGGGGUACUCCCUCUGUGUCUCUGGGUCUCCUGGUUGUGCACGUUUUUAUGACCUUGUAAAUAUGUUGUAGAAGGAAAGCAAAAGGCGUUGAACUGGACCCUGGCGGACUCAGGAGUCCAGCCUUGCCCUGUCUCUGGAGCCUCCGCACUGCUAUUCACCCUACUCUUGAGACUGAGGCCCCCCAAAGCCAGACGGAGCAGCUCGUUCCCCGUGGGCUGCAGGCCCCCACGUGACCUCUCCUCGGCACGCUGCAGGUUGCCUUGUGAGCAGGGUUGCGGGUGGCUCUUCCUCAGCUCCUUGGAUUCAUGCCCUUGACCAAGCUGCCCACCACCCGGCCCCUCCCGUGUCCCUCUACUUGGAUGUCCUCUGUCCAUCCUGUCCCCAUCCCCCUGGUUUAUGCAGGCAGUGGAAUUAGGGCUGCCUUGAAAAGAGCUCAACCAAAAUUUUAAGUUUCUUGUGGGCCUGAAGCUGCCUAAGACCUCCUAUCCCGCGGGUGCCGGGAGAGAUGGGUGUGUCUAAGAUGGGGUAGGCUGGAGCGGGAGAGAACAAAUGUGCCUUGAGAGACCAGUCAAAGAGGGUCCAAGGGCGAUGGGGGAGGCAGCGCAGCGUGGAGCGGAGCUCAGGAAGGAGGAGGGGGAGGUGAAGCUGAUGAGAGUGGGAUGGGUUAUCCCGACGGCCCCUGUCGUCCCACUGGGGCUGUGACCUUACGGGGUCAGCGGUCACCCUUCUUUCCUCAUGCCAGCCUGUCUAGUUUUAGUGGGCAGGCCGCUCACUCAGCCUUUCGUGAGCUGCAUCUGCUUCCCAUUCCCCUCGGAGUGGGUGGGUCCAUUGGGAUGGACAUGGGAACCUCCGUUUCACCAAAGCCUCACCCUCAGCCCUUGGGGAGAAGGAACGGCUGACCUGCUGGCACCUGGCACCGUCUGCGGCUGUGGGCUGGCAGGGGUGAAAGGGAGGAGCCGCUGGGGGUGGGUGCAGAGGGGAUUCAGGGCAUCCCAAGGAAGUCCCAAGCAGAGCAAACUGCUUUAUAGCCUGAAGCUACUUAAACUAAACUGUGUCAUGUGCAAUAACUGAGCUUAGAGUUAAGAAUCGUGUUCAAGUGCUUGGAUUUCCGUCUGUGUAUUUAAGUGCUGAAACUGUAUCUCAGUAAUUUUAGAUGUCUUUAAAAAAUCGAAAAACAAAGUGUUAGCCCGUGUGUGCGCACUGAUGGGCACUCCAGCGUCCGGAGGAUCACCCCCUCCCACUUCCCGAGGCCCCGCCCGCACACCGAGCCCCGCCUCCACUCGGGGCCCUGCCUCCUGUCGUCCUUAUCUGCCUAGUACUCAGCCUAAGGAAAUCAGUACGCUCGCACAUGCAUAACGGAAAUCAAAUGUUAUUUUUAAGAAAAUGGAAAAUAAAAACUUUAUAAACACCA